AUGGCUCCCAGAGCUGUCUCUGCCCUCGGCAUGGCCCUCAACGGCAAGUCCGCCUCUGUCGAUAUACCCAAGCCCCGCGAGAACCUCGCCGCCCGGGACAACUUCACUGCUGUACCGGCCAGAAAGCAGCGUGGCGACAUGCUGCCGACUCCGCCUCACUCCAUCUCCCCCAACCUUCCGCCCACCAACCGACGACCAUCGGACUCGGAUGUCGAGUUGAAAGAUGCUCCUGCUGAAGCCAGCGCGCUGAACGCAGAGGCCUUGGACCGCCUCGGCGAUCUCGAUGCUGUCGGAGCCAUCACCCCCGGCUUGCUCGCUAAGCACCAUCUUCCAGAUAUCCUGUUGGCUCAUGGGCCCCUUGCCAUCCGCCACAUCAUGGGCUACCUGACCACCUCGGUGCCUGGCUUCUCCCGUAUCACCUCCGCAAAGGCGCGACGUCUGGUCGUGGCUGCGCUCGAAGGCCGCGGGAGUGGGGCUGAUGGUGCUGGCCUGAAUGGCGAUGUCAUCUUCGACAAGGUCGGCUGGGGCAGAUGGGACGCGCGUCUCAAGGGCCAACCGCCACGAGAUCGAGCUUCCAACACCAUCACCCCGCCGGGAAGUCUGCCGAACUCAUAUUCCCACAGCCUCAACGUGCCUGGCCAACGUUCCCAGCACAGUGGGUCUGAAGCGUUCGGCACCAGCUUCACUGGCAACUCUGGCGUCUUCUCCCAUUCGGAAGCCGAGUAUGACGACCAAGAUAUGCUCGAGCACGAGGCCGAUAAGAUGUCUCUCGACGGCAAUGAAGAUGGUUAUGCGUCAUCUUCUCCCGGCGAGGACAUUGACAUUGAUCUUGGGGAAGGCGAUGUUACCGAGGAUGAGGACUGGCAGAGCAUCGGUGCCGAAGCACUUCGAGCUCGCUCUCUACCCAAGGGUGGACAGAUUCGCAAACCCUCUGGUGGCAGUCGAAUAUAUCAGCCUAUCGCUUCAUAUUCGAUCGCGUCCUAUUCCUCUGCGAGGCAUCGGUCCCGAACACCAGCCCUCGCACAGUCCGCGCCAACCAAGGCUCGACCUGUCCAUAAUCUCCCCCGUGACGCUGGCGUCAAUUCUUCUUCCGAACAAGCAGCGAUUGAGGCGCUGCUCAGUCUUGGAUCUGCAUAA